CAGCCAUGCCGAGCGGAGAGUGAGGAGUAAGGGGAGGCGGAGGGGGGGAAGUCCAACACUGCGGGUGUGUGUCCGUGCGUGUGCCUUGGGGGGUGGCCUCUCCACAUCCCGGUGAAACACCUUUCCGGGGGGCUCGGAGCGCGCCUCGGCACCAUGAUGGACGGCCGGCCGCCGCUGCUGCUGCCGCUCCUGGCUCUGCUCGCCAUUGCGGGAGGCGGCCUUGGGGCAGACACAGAGGAGCGCUUGGUGGAGCAUCUCCUAAACCCGGCCCACUACAACAAACUGAUCCGUCCUGCGACUAAUGGCUCCGAGCUGGUUACUGUGCAGCUGAUGGUGUCGCUGGCUCAGCUCAUCAGCGUGCAUGAAAGAGAGCAAGUGAUGACGACUAAUGUCUGGUUAACACAGGAGUGGCAGGACUACCGGCUGACUUGGGUCCCGGAGGAGUUUGAUGGGAUGCUGAAGGUCAGGCUGCCCUCCAAACACAUCUGGCUGCCGGACGUGGUGCUCUACAACAAUGCCGAUGGGGUGUACGAGGUCUCCUUCUACUCGAAUGCGGUGGUUUCCUACGAUGGCAGCAUCUUCUGGUUGCCGCCGGCGAUCUAUAAAUCCGCCUGCAAGAUUGAGGUCAAGCACUUCCCGUUCGACCAGCAGAACUGCACGCUGCGCUUCCGCUCCUGGACCUACGACCGCACCGAGAUCGACCUGGUGCUUCGCGCCGACGUAGCCAGCAUGGACGACUUCACGCCCAGCGGCGAGUGGGACAUCAUCGCCCUGCCCGGUCGACGGAACGAGAACCCGGGGGAUCCGACCUACGUGGACAUCACAUACGACUUCAUCAUCCGCAGGAAGCCUCUUUUCUACACCAUCAACCUCAUCAUCCCGUGCGUGCUCAUCACCUCGCUGGCCAUUCUGGUCUUCUACCUGCCGUCCGACUGCGGCGAGAAGAUGACGCUGUGCAUCUCGGUGCUGCUGGCGCUCACUGUGUUCCUGCUGCUGAUCUCUAAGAUCGUCCCGCCGACCUCGCUGGACGUCCCUCUGGUGGGGAAGUACCUGAUGUUCACCAUGGUGCUGGUCACGUUCUCCAUCGUCACCAGCGUGUGCGUGCUCAACGUGCACCACCGCUCACCCACCACGCACACCAUGCCGCCGUGGGUCAAACUGGUGUUCCUCAACAAGCUCCCCGCUCUGCUCUUCAUGCGCCAGCCAAGGAACAGCUGCGAGCGCCAGCGGCUGCGUCAGAGGAGGAGGGCGCAGGAGCAGAAGGACGGCCAGCGCAGCGGGGAAGCCGGGGCCCUGAUGGUGGGCCUCGGGCUGAGCGGCGCUUCCGGGAACGGAGGGGGAACCUCCACGGCGGUCUUCGGCAAGGAGGACAGUGACCCUUGUACGUGCUACGUGAACCGGGCGUCUGUUAAACAGUUCGGAGGGGACCUGGGAGGUGCAGGAGGCGGAUCCAUGGAUGGGCUGAACAGGGUGAGGGAGGGCCGGGAGGGCGGCUCCGGAAACCUGCCGAGGGGGAAGCAGGCGGCAGGAGGUCCGGCUUUGACUCAGGCCCUGCUGGCUCAAGCCUGUCCGGGCUUCGAGGAGGCCGUGGAGGGGGUCCGCUUCAUCGCCAACCACAUGAAGAGCGAGGACGACGAUCAGAGUGUGAGCGAGGACUGGAAGUACGUCGCCAUGGUGAUCGACCGCCUCUUCCUCUGGAUCUUCGUGUUCGUGUGCGUCUUUGGCACGAUGGGCAUGUUCCUGCAGCCGCUCUUCCAGAACUACACGGCCAAGACCAUCACCAGUUCGCCGGGCUGACCGUCGCGCCCCUUCGCUGACAGACAGCUCCCCGACCGACCGACCGACCGACCGACCGUACGGGACAAAACGCCGGAGGUCGGGGGGGGAGGCGGCGGGGUCGGCGAUCCAUUUACCUUUAUAGUAACGUUUUUUGCAGCGAAAACAAGUUUUUCUCGUAUGAAGAUGAAGGAAAAACAGACUCUUUAACCUUGUCCGGAUGCUUCGUGGACUGACUGACUGACCUCCCCCUUUUUCUGGCGGAAGGCUUCCUCUCCCCGCUCUCCUCCUGAGUGAGGACCUUAUCGAAACCCAGCCACUUUCACACGCUGACUGCUUACGAACCCCCCGCCUUCAACUUAUUCACAAUCUGGACUGAUGUCAGUAUCAGAGAGGUUCAUAUCGAUUUUUUUUUUGUUUUCUCGAAAAGAUUCCACAAUAUGUCAACGAACUGAUUCAGUAUAUUUUAUCAUAGCAUAGCAGCUUUACCACAGUAUAGCAUCGAGUAUAUAUUAUUAAGAUUUCUCUAUGUUGUUUGGCUGAUAGAGAGGCUCCGGUGUGUUGUAUGAUUGUAUAGAUAUAAACAAGAAUGUGAUAUAAACUGUACUACACAGCCCGCACACUGAACACUAAAAAGCAACAGAUUGUGCAGGAAAAAUACAUAGCGGAUGCUUAUAUAUUAAAGGAGGAGGGCCAGGUUAUUACAUAAAAGUCAAAGGGAUAAUAGAUUAUGCAUGGACAGUUUUUUGCUUAGAGUGUCGUGCACAGUAAGUAGAGAGCCGCCUGCUGAGCCCGAGAGCACAGCUGCACCCAGACGAGUCCUGAGAAAUGGAGGAAUCUGAGCCAAGAUGGUGGAGAGAACCUUCUAUAUGUUGAUUUUUUUAUGAUUAUUAUCAUUAUUAUUAUUUUUCGAGUUUAAAGACGAGCGAAGAUCAGCUUUGGGGGGUAAAAAUUUACAUGUAAAUUGGCAAGAUUAUGUGUAUCAAUACGUGAUUUCACACCUGUUUAUUUUCAGUCGCUGCUCCGAAUUAUCAGAUCUUUGUUUUCUCCUCUCCUCUCCCUCCUCUUUCAUACCUAUUUGUUCAUGUAUGUAAUGUUCAGAGCAUAUUUGUGUGUACGCCCGUCCCCAUGCAUUACCACAGCUGUGAGUGUUCAGAAGAGCAUAAUGUAUGUAUGUAUGUGCCCACCUCUCUCCGGCCCUUAUCUAGUCUUCCAUGGACGCACAUCUCUGACAGUAACAGCAGAAGAAUUUUUUCCUCUUAUUUUUUUGUUCCGACUGUUUCAUUUCCACGACCGAGCGACAAGCCCCCUUUCUUUUCCAGGCAACAUGUGCAGGGGAGGAGGAAGAGGAGGAGGAUGAAUUAAAUUUUCAACAAGAGAGAAAGAGGCAAUAAGUUAUGUAGGAUCAUGAGCAGAACAGACAAACGGAGACAAAGGACUCUCAGUGUUGCGGUGGAAGAACGCCAUCUAAUCCUGUCGUUGGCGCUGAGUUUUUGCAGUCGUGUUACGACGAGUCGCCCCCCCCACCCCCUCGGCAUCUCCGGAGGACGGAAACCCCCGAACAAGUGUGAAAAAAGCCCAUCGGAGACCUGUGAAAACUGCAUGGCGCCGGAGAAAGUGCUGCUGCUGCUGCUGCUGCUGUCCACUCUCUUUUCUCUCUCUCUCUCUUUGACCUUUCCACUCUCCUUCCUUUUUCGUCUCACGUCCUCGCCCAUUACGCCUCCCCCCCUCCCAUGUUUCACCAUCUUCCCCUUCCCGACUCUAAAAAUCUGCUCCUGUGCACACCUUAACCAGUCCAAUAAAGGUUGUAG